GGGCCCGCUGGAGACUAAAAGCGGGCCCCAAACCAGAGAGGGAAACUGCAGUGGCCCCGAAAUCCGAUGCAUCACAGCGGCUCGUUACACCAACUUUGAGCUGGGACCCUCCGCCCAACCAACCAAUGUCGCAAUUGUAAUAUGCUCUUGAUUCCUUCAUCCUCCCUCCUCUACAAUCUGUGACAACGCUCUCACGAUCCACUAGCAUUGCGCUAGCGCAACGUCCGCACGUUUUCCAUCCCCAAUUUCUCCCCGCCUCUCCUCCAAACUGUCCAACAAUACAAAUGCCCGUGUACAUGCUCCACGGCUUCCGGUGGCCCCGCGCGGGCUUCACGGGCAUCCGCGUCUACAUCGUCCUCAACAACCUCGAAGAAGCCGCAGCGGAAUACCUCCAGCAACCGCUGACAACGGAGCUUGUUAGGAAUUCACUCAGGAAGACACAAGCCGACCUCAUGCCCCGACUACCAGAGCUGCAAUUCAUCGAGCAGUACGACCCGCAAGACGAGUCCAGCAACACCGUCAGCCAGGACUAUGCCUACGUCGGCGCCAAGGUGGUGACCAUCCCGGAUGGGGCGGGCGCGAGUCCGGGGUUGAAUAUUGAGGACGUCGUUGAGCAGGGGUCCGGGCUGUCGCCCGAUGCGACGGAGGCACUGGAGGCGCUGCGGGAUCGGUUGGCACCCGGUGAGAAAAUCGGUUGGUUCAUGGUCUAUAAUGGGGAUCCGGAUCGUUGGUUUCCGCCUUCAGAGGAUGAGGAUGAGUAUGAGGACGAGGAGAGCUAUGCGGAUGAGAAGUUGGACGGUCAGACGGAGCCGGGCACGCCACAGAGUUAUACCGCUCGACUGACUCGACUGUUCAAUCGCAUGAGCGCUUCUUCAGCCUCGUGAGCUAGUGGACGUCUUUGCCGUCCACUCCUGUACCACAAUUCGACCCCGAUCGCAACGAUAAUGAUCUCCCGUCGUCCGAAUUUCUCCAAUUAGUCUGUACUCUAGCAUGGAGAACGGAGACUGCAUGGAGAAGUUUCACGAUUCCUAUGCCUUAUGUCCGUUGAUACUCUAUUCCGCCCGUGCAAGUUUUGUCUGCACUUUUAUAUUUCGUAUCAAAAGCGUUCCCUCUAUAGCCUUUCACCUGCUUAAAGCAAUUAUACCAUAUUCAAAGUCAUCCAGACUGCAUACUUGGGCUCCAGACUACAUUCUAGUGUUAAAUCAAUGCACCUAAA